UGUUUUCUUAUCUAUAAUGGUUUUCUUCUCUAUUUAAUUUUGGAUUUAAUUAAAUUAGAAAUAGUGUCUUCUCUGUGGAGGAUAAAAGUGUAAUUAAAUAGAUAAUAAUAAUAAAGGAAAUGAAGGGUGAGAAAGAGAAGCUGAUCUAAAAAGGAAUGGCAUCAAUUUCAUGGUUCAGCUGUUUACACAUUCCACCAACAUCCUCUGCUGCCGAUAAAGGUUUAUCAUCAUCUCCCAUAACCGUGGAACAUCAUAAAACAACAACACGUUUAAUCUCUUCCUUUGAAGGACAACAACAUGUUGUUAAUAGAAGACAACUGAUUCUUUAUACAUCCACAGCAGCAAUUGCAGCACUAUCUACUGUCCCAAAUGCAUUGGCACUAAAUGAUGUGUCUGAGGAUGUUAGUAUCUACACUGAUGAUGAGAACAAGUUCAAGAUAGAAAUUCCUCAAGAGUGGCAGAUAGGAACAGGAGAGUCUGCAGGGUUUAAAUCCUUAACUGCUUUCUACCCAAAAGAUGAAUCUAAUUCCAACGUGAGCGUUGUGAUCACAGGGGUCGGACCGGAUUUCACUAAGAUGGAAUCAUUCGGCAAAGUUGAAGAAUUUGCUGACACUCUGGUAAGUGGGCUUGACAGAAGCUGGAAAAGACCCCCUGGUGUGGCUGCUAAACUCAUAAAUUGUAAAUCAUCUAAAGGAUUUUAUUACAUUGAGUAUACGCUGCAAAAUCCCGGCGAGAGUCGCAAGCAUCUAUAUUCAGUUAUUGGGAUGUCAACAGUUGGCUGGUAUAACAGACUGUAUACUGUGACAGGACAGUUUGUGGAAGAGGAAACAGAAAAGUAUGCUUCCAAAAUUUUGAAGGCGGUUGCAUCGUUUAAGUUCAUAUAAAGAAAUGCUUGUGACGGGAGAGAAAUGUUCUCAUUGGUUUCUUUCAUGGGCUGCCGUUUAAUGUUUUCAUGACAUUUUUUGUAAGCUAGAAAUGGCGUCUAAAUGUUAUAAAUAUGAUAUUUGCUAUGGUACUUCCUUCAAAAACUGAUAAACCAGAGUAGGCUAAAUGAAUGGCACAAAUUGAUGUAAUGGAUAAGAUAUUUUGCAGUGAAUAUCAGCACCUUCAGUUAAACA